UACUUUGGCUUCCAGAGGAGAUUAAGCUCAUGGGAGGAGUUGUCUGAGAGUGGACCCUGCUGUCUGUCCAUCUGACAUGGAACCAAAGCGGAUCAGAGAGGGCUACCUUGUGAAGAGGGGGAGCAUUUUCAACACCUGGAAACCCAUGUGGGUUGUAUUGUUAGAAGAUGGAAUUGAAUUCUAUAAGAAGAAAAGUGACAACAGCCCCAAAGGAAUGAUUCCCCUGAAAGGAAGCACUCUGACCAGCCCUUGUCAGGACUUUGGCAAGAGGAUGUUUGUGUUCAAGAUCACUACAAAUAAGCAGCAGGACCACUUCUUCCAGGCAGCCUUCCUGGAGGAAAGAGACGGCUGGGUUCGGGACACCAAGAAGGCCAUAAAAUGUAUUGAAGGAGGCCAGAAGUUUGCAAGGAAAUCCACCAGGAGGUCUAUUCGACUACCAGAAACAAUUGACUUAGGUGCCUUGUAUUUGUCCAUGAAAGACAUAGAAAAAGGUGUGAAAGAACUCAACCUAGAAAAGGACAAGAAGAUUUUUAAUCACUGCUUCACAGGUACCUGUGUCAUUGACUGGCUGGUUUCUAACCAGUCUGUUAGGAAUCGCCAAGAAGGUCUCAUGAUUGCCUCCUCACUGCUCAACGAAGGGUAUCUGCAGCCUGCUGGAGAUUUGUCCAAGAGUGCAGCAGAUGGGACAGCUGAGCACCCUUUUCUGGACAACCCUGAUGCCUUCUACUACUUUCCAGACAGUGGAUUUUUCUGUGAAGAAAAUUCCAGUGAUGAUGAUGUGAUUCUGAAAGAAGAAUUCAGAGGGGUCAUUAUUAAGCAGGGGUGUUUAUUGAAGCAGGGGCAUAGGAGGAAAAACUGGAAAGUGAGGAAGUUCAUUCUGAGAGAAGACCCUGCGUAUCUGCACUACUAUGACCCCGCUGGAGGGGAAGAUCCUCUGGGCGCAGUACACUUGAGAGGCUGUGUGGUGACUUCAGUGGAAAGCAACCCAGAUGUUAAGAGGAGUGAAGAAGACAACCUCUUUGAGAUCAUCACGGCUGAUGAAGUUCAUUAUUUUUUGCAAGCGGCCACUCCAAAAGAGCGUACCGAGUGGAUCAAAGCCAUCCAGGUGGCCUCCCGGACUGGGAAGUGAAGAUAAACCUGUAGAACUUCAUCACAUACCUGAGGGAAGCCCACAGAUAAACUCGGUCCAGCAGCUGCCCACUUCUGGUGACAGAUCAAUAAGAAAGGGCCCAAGGGUGGGAAGUCUCCAUCUGCAGGAGAUCCGAAUGUAACUAACCACGUGUGCUGAUUACAUUGUUCACCGAAACCUCUCUGCCACUCUUUGUGUCCACCAAAUAGAUAUAACAAGUUGUGUAGCCUUGGGACACUGCUUAGCCUCUCCAGGCAAGCAGGUCCUCUUCUGAAAAACAAAGGAGUUGAACCAGGAGAUCCCUAAAGUUCUCUCUAGUUUAAAAACCAAAAGCCCCACUGUGAUUCUAAUAUCCAUGGACAUGAAAUCCCCCAGGUUCUCUUGUCUUCUCUUGCCCUUUGCCAGGAGAGCAUGUAUCAAAAUGAAGAACUCACUUCUUCCUUCCUCAGUUUAUCCAGAAACUUCUUGAGAGCCCAGUGCUGCAGUGUUGGCUUUGCUGUUGAAGCCUUCUUUUACUUACUCCAGCCUGAAAAGUUAUAUCUUUUGAGAAAAAGACCUGAGUAAGCCAGGAGUAGAUAAGGGUCCCGAAGUCAGCCAAGAAUAUUCCAUUCCUACUGGAGGUUUAGCUGAGAAAACUCUCUGUCCCUUUGUUUGCCACAUAUUACAAUUGGGGUGGGGGAUAAUCUCCAAAUUUGUGAGAUUCAUUUCAUUUGAGUGUUUACCAAAAAAGUGACCAGAUGGGUUCUCUUCAUGGUUUCUCUCCAUGAAGGAGGGGCCUGGCAGCUAUGUGUGUUCCCCCAGCACCAGAAGGUGCAGGGGCUGGACCUUAGGCUCUCUGGCUGGGUAUGGAUUGAUACAAAGACACCACUGAAAAGACUUAAGAUGGUGUUCAUGGUGGUGGCCAUCAGAGUUGUGUAGAACCUUCAGUUCUCCAGUCAGUGACAUUGUGGCCAUGCCAGAGAUUCAAAUACAAGUUGUAGCAGCUUCUGUUCAGUUUCCAAGGGGUCUAACUGACCCAUUAUAAACCAGAGGGGUCUGACCUAAUUCAAACUGUGUAUCUGUUUCCAGUUUUUGACCAUUUCUACUAAUUAGUGAUUCUAAUCAUAAAUUGAGAAAGAAGGCACCCAUUCAACCAGGCAUGUGAAUGAUGGUGUGCUUUCCAAUACUAGAUUUAAAACUUUAAAUUUAAAACUCCUCCUCAGGGAGGAGAAUAGAAACUCCUUCCUGAUUUUAUUAACUCCUCUUUUUCCCUCCUGCAAUUGCAUAGAACAUUCACAAGUUAUUCCUACUCUCAGAUUGUUUUAGUAAACUCAUUCAUUAGUUAACUAUCUCUGGCAUAAAGAUCUCUAUAAAGAUUAUCUUUAGGGGCCUCCUUGGUGGUGCAAAGUGUUAAGACACAGCAUUAUGAAGCUAUCCACAGCCACUGCAGCAUGAGUUCGAUCACCUGGCCAGGGAGGUGACCCACAUGGCGUAGCAGACCUCUCCUGUCUCGCAGGCUGCUCCCCUUAGCAGUGUAUUUUACUAGAUCUGCCUGUUUUGCUCCUCACUCUGCCUCUGGUGAAUCCUCUCACCUUCCACAUCUCUUGCCUGUACUCCAGUUCUUGUAUGCAUAAAUAAAUAAAUCUUUAAAAAA